UCUGUCGCAGGGCUAUUGUGUAACUUCAGAACGACGAUUUUUGGUUUCGUUGAUGGACUAGCUAGCAUGAGCUGCUGGGCUAGCCAGCUGCUUAGCAUAGUGUAGUGUGUCAUUGAUUUAACUAUAGUCAAUUAAUUAAAAGCUUGCUAGAUCACAAAGUAAGGUGUAUUGUAGCUAAAUGACACCACGUAGACAUCGAUAGCAUGCAACAAAAGCCUUAAAACGGUGCCAGAACUCUGAAAUCUGAUGGUCCAAAAUGCCUCAAAAACUUAAGUUACACAAGAGUAGUCACUACAUUGAGCUGGGGAGUUACCAGUACUGGCCAGUUCUGGUGCCUCGGGGAAUCCGCUUGUACACAUUUGAACAGAUCCCGUUAUUCUUGAAAGAAAACCCAUACAUUACAGAUGGAUACAGAGCACACUUGACAUCAAAACUAUGUUUAAAAAGCAUCUUUGUGCUGUCCAAUGAAACAGUCAACAUAUGGACUCAUCUGUUGGGCUUCCUCCUGUUCUUCCUACUGGGGGUGAAUGACAUGUCUACAGUCCUGCCGGCUUCAGGUGCCAACAGAGAAGACUAUGUCAUCUACUGCAUAGGACUUUUCUGCUUUCAGGUGUGUAUGCUGUGUUCAGUGGGGUAUCACCUCUUUUCCUGCCACCGCUCAGAGAAGACGUGUCACCGCUGGUUGGCGCUGGACUAUGCUGGAAUCUCUGUGGGAAUCCUGGGCUGUUACAUUCCAGGGGUCUUCUAUGCCUUCUACUGCAACAUUUUCUGGAGACAGGUGUACUUGGUGAUUGUUCUAGCGUUGAUAUUGGCCAUAUUCUCGGCUCAGAUCCACCCUCACUACCACUCUAAGGAGUGGCAACACCUGCGGACCGUCAUCUUCUGCUCUGUGGCUGGCUACGGGGUCAUCCCAGCUGUCCACUGGGUCUGGCUCAAUGGAGGCUUCAGCUCCGCUGUCGUCCAGUUGUUCCUCCCUCGUGUGAUUGUGAUGUAUUUGAUAGCUGGAGCUGCGUUCCUCUUUUACAUCUCUAAAAUCCCAGAACGCUGCUUCCCAGGUCAGCUGAACUAUCUGGGUGCCAGCCACCAGGUGUGGCAUGUCCUGGUAGUGUUUAUGUUCUACUGGUGGCACCAGACUGCUGUGUAUAUAAUGAACUUCAGACACAACCAGCCAUGCCCUCCUCUCUACAUCAAUAGUGGCUAGCUGGAGCCACACAGACUAGCAUCCAGCCACCAAGCAACCACAGCCUGUACUGUAGCCACUCAAUGCAAUCAAACCAGACUACAGACCUCCUAUAUAAGCCUAUUCUACAGAUGCCCAGUCAAGACCCAUAUCCAAGAAUACCCAUGACAGUACUGUUAAACCUUGUAGAAAGCUUGAAACCAUCUCUGGUUUUAAGGUUUGCUAUUGGUGGUAUGCAAUCGUAUCUGCUUUCUGCUGAGACUUCUGUAAGGCCAGGUUAUAAGAGAUGGAAAGACAGGUCAAUCAUAGCCUGGUCGCAGGUCUGGGAAGCAAGAUGGCACAAACAGAUCUAGGACCAGGCAGGGUAAGUCACUAGACACACUGUACACAAUACAUAUACCACUACAGCUGAACAUUUUCUGUGCUUCUCCAAUGAUCUUUUCAUAUUCAAGAUUUUUUUAACCUGAUUUGUAUCUAUUAAUUUGCAUGUAAGCUACUGUUUGAAUGUUACAUACUGUGAAAUGCUUCUCUGCUGCCUUGAGCAAAUGGGACCUUCCAGAGGGUUAUGUGCAAUCUACCUACCUACUAUCCUAUGGAAAUGGAACAACAACAAAAAAAGUUAUUUUUGCUUGAGUAGUUUUAUCUGUAUUCAUUAAUACUUGAAUUGUUUGUGUGUUGUAUUAUUGCCUCUGGCACAAACUUCAUUGGGUUCUAUGGUGGGGUUGAGUAGUUAUCUUACUGUUUUUCAUUAAUGGUGGGGUUGAGUAGAUAUCUUACUGUAUUUCAUUAAUGGUGGGGUUGAGUAGUUAUCUUACUGUAUUUCAUUAAUGGUGGGGCUGAGUAGUUAUCUUACUGUAUUUCAUUAAUGGUGGGGCUGAGUAGUUAUCUUACUGUAUUUCAUUAAUGGUGGGUUACUUUUAGUAUUAGUGGUCAACUGACCUCCUUCCUCUCACAAUCCACUUGAAUCUAAGGGCUGAUUCAAGAACUGUUUAGAGAAAUGUAACCAACUAAACAUAAACCCAAUAAAAUAGAUUGGGAUUAAAUUCCCCUCGCUUUAAUUUGUUAGUGUCCCUGUGUCACUCACGGGUGUGAACAACUGCAUAAGAACAAAAGUCCUAAUGGCCAGUAUUAUCGAUUGUAUAUUAUACACCACAAUAGUGUAGUACACUUGAAUUCAGGUUAGGUCAAAUUACUACCCAGUCUCUCUCUAUGCAACAAUAUACUGUACAUCUUCUGCCAUUUUAAAGCAGUUCCCAGUCAUUUAAUUAAAGGAAAUGUAUCCAGCAAUGCAAUGACAUUUUGGUCACACAUUUUUAGAUUGUCUCCAGCUGACAUACUUAGCCUCUAGUCAGAUAAGGAUGCUCUGACAGAGUCGUGUGUAUAGGUGGCAGGGAAGUCGUGACAUGCUCAGAACAUAUCACAGCCUGUAAUGACUGGAAAUGUAGCAGACUGUUUGCCUUGUAAAUUCACUUUUGUUUUUAAGUAUGACUUUCAUUAUUUACUGUGUAAUUACUGUAUUAUUUUACCUGUCUGUCUUGUUUGUUACGUUGUUCAACAUUUGUUUUUAAUUUAUUUUGGCAUGGUUGAUGGACCUUUAGUCAGUGCCAGUAUUAAAAAGUAAAGGGGCACAUUAUUUUAAUUAUCUGUUAUAUGACAUGUUUCUCUUUGAUUACGAUCGAUAAAUAAAGAAUGCCUCAAGAAAUA